CCUCCCAGUUUUCAAUUGAUAGCGCUCGUGGUCGUUUGGUCUUGUGUGCUAGUGCUAGGCUCGCUCACUGACUGCUUUGCUUCACUGCUUGAAGUUUUUUCCACACUUUCCGACGGCGGCGUCAACGGAAUAAUAUAGAAUAUACGAAAGAUACGAUUUAAAAGAAUACGAGCGGGUAGAAAAAAAAAAUUAAUAAUAAUGCCGGUAAACGUGCCCCAAUUAAAAAACGUUCAAAUAAACCGUUAGCAAAGGAUUCCGUAUCCUUUUGACAGACAGGCUGGGUAAAGAAAUAACCAGGAAGUGAUUUCCCUUGAGUUUAAAAGUGCAUAACCGGAAGUGCAAGGUGAAUAUUCACUGUGGAUCCCAUUUGUGGAUCGUAAGUUAAAAUCACCUAUAACAUUUGCGUUUUCGCUCGGAUUGUUUUGAUUUUGAUUCUCAGGUGGAUUGAAUCCAUUUAGAUUCUUUUAUUGUUAAAUUCAAAGAUCCAUAUGCCAUCUGGUCUGCCUCCUGUGAGUGUAAUUGGUGAGCCUGUCGAUAUUUAUUGAUUCAGACGAAGAGUUAAUUUGUGUUCGGUGAGAUGUUUGGUUUGAUUCUUCUUUUGAUGUGAGAUUUUUAUAGUGCUUUCGAUGAUCAGUGUGUAUAAAUACUUUAAUUGUACCUCGAUGGUUUGAUUUUGAUUGAUAAAUCGAGCGUUUUAACUGAAAGAAGAGGAAACAAUAAUAAAAAAAUAUCGUGGAAGCCGUUUUGAGGAAAAAUUCGUUCAUGCGAUGAUGACACACUCUUUUAUAAAUUUGUCUCUUAAUUAACCGUUUUGUGAAUUUCGAAAUACUCAUAAAUAUAUUGAAACAAAAACCCUCCCGUAUUAUUUUCUGUUCUGUUAAUAUCCAAAUAAAAAAGAAAUUAAUUACAAUUGUCGUGGAGUCGCUUGAAGUGAGUGUCGCCUCGUCGUUGUCCGUUGUUGUUCGUUGUUCGUUUGUUGUGUAGAGCAAUUUGUCGUUGUUAUAUUUCGAGCCACAAAAUCUACUCAUCAUUCGUUGUUUUCAACGCUGAUUUAAGUGCCAUAACAAUUAACUGUAAUAAAAAUUAAUUAAUCAAUGUGACUGUAUAAAAAAGAUACAAUUUUUAUGGGCAAAGGAAAACACAAAAUAUGUUUUUUUGAAUAGAACUGACUCAAUUUGAAUUCGUAUUAAUAUACGUUCAACAUAACCGAAAUACGGUGUAGGACGACCAAAAUAUUGCUUGUGGAUUGUGAAUUUUAUAUUUUUUUAUCUCAAAUGUGUGGAUUAUAAUUUCUCAAAUCAUGAAGUCAUUUUUGCAUUGGAUUUUAAUAUUAGCAUUGUGCUUGCUAGUAAGUGAAGUUUAUUCUUCUGAAGAAGACGAAGAUGAUUAUCACAGUGAUAAUUCAUCACCACCAGAUAUUAUUGCAUCAACAAAUAAUGGACAACAUGAUAUCUUUACUUGUUGCUCGGAAGUAUUCGGAUCAUGUCGGACAUCAUGUGAAAAUUUGUCUUUGGUUCAACUUGCUGCUUCCGAUUUGAAUGGACGUGGUUAUCGUGUUGGGGAACUCAAGAAGUUCUGUUUACCAAUUCAGGUAGAAUUUUGGAACUGCUUGAAUAGGACGCUUCAAGCCGUCCAACGUGGAUCACAGUGGUCGGGGAGACGGUGCUGCUCCCUGGGUAUGUCACCAAGAUGCCGGAACGCUUGUGCAACAUCAUCAUCUACUGAGGAGUUGAUUUAUGCAUGCCGCCAAAGCGACGAACAGCAUAUGUUUUCGUGUUUCGAACGCCAAGAAGCGGGAGAUCGAUGUUGUGGCAACUCUAGGACUUCGGAGUGCCUUCAGGCCUGCCGAGAGAUAUUCGAACCACAUUCACCGCAAAAGAAAGCCAACCGAAGGCUUUUGAAUCAGACAUGCGGCGAGAAGAAUUUAGACGUAUUGAAGUGUGUGAAGAAUUUUACCGACAUGACGCCGAUCACAGAUUCACAGAUAUAUCUUCCAUGUUGUGAGUUUUCAACGGAGGAGAAAUGCCGGACGACAUGUCGUCAAGCUUUGAAGAAUGGCGAAAGUACCGAUGUUAUCAUCGAUGAGUUGGAAGCUGGUGGCUGUGGGCCACCCCUACCUCACGAUCCACUGUGGCAGUGCUUCCUGUCGGCUGGAAAGAAAGUUUACAUUCCAACAUCAACGUCAAAUGAAGUCUCCCAGAUCAAUCAGAUAGGAAUCGAUUCGGCGAAGUUGCACUGUUGUCACAAGGCGAUAGCGCCUAAAUGCCGACGCCUGUGCGUGCAGACUUUCUCCAACGACUGGACGACUACCAGGGGAUCAUUUGAUGUGGAUUGUCUUAUGCAACCCAAUGAGCUGGAACUGCGUCAGUGCAUCGAUGAGGUCGAUGAGCCUUGUGAGCUCGGUUGCGAUGGACUGUCAUUUUGCACGAACUUUAACAAUCGACCUACAGAGCUUUUUCGGAGCUGCCACUCCCAUGCCGACAUGGCUGCUCGAUCUGAUGUUGCUAUGUGGACACUACGAGGAUAUGUCAGUCUCCCAGGAACCAAUCUCCCAAUCAGGAAUAUUUCGAAAUGCUCUCCCGAAAAGUGGAGGGCAAUUGCCUGCACUCUGCAAAUCAAACCUUGCACCCGCGUCAAGCACUACAAUCACAUCUGCCGGGAAGACUGUUAUGAGAUUCUAAGCGAGUGCAUGGACUGGUCAAGGGUUAGUACGGGAAUCAACGUUGAUGCCAUAUGCUCUCAGCUACACCCUGAAGGGGAAGAAGGUCCGUGUGUUUCCCUCAAACCUUACCUCGAGCCCAGUGAUGCUCCACUUGAAACAGGGGGACACCAUGGAAUUACCGAGCCUUGCAAGGGACAUCCCUGCAACUCCACCGAAGCUUGUCUGCCGAACAGAAACGAGAGCACAAAGUACCAGUGUAUUCCGGGAUGUGCUUUGGGUGAAGCCUCCGCUUACAUCGUUCCAUUUGGAGCCUACGUGCGAAUUCCAGUUUCCCCCAAUCAACGAGGAAGCUUCAAGGUCUGCCGAUGUGGCUCCAACGGGCGGAUUGAACAUUGUCAACCACUGCCAAACUUUUCUUAUGACUCUUGUAGCUUGGGAGGUCGUGGUAUAGAGCACGGAGUGUCGGUGUAUUUGGAGUGCAAUAUCUGUAGUUGCUUCGCGGGAGAAAUAACAUGCACAAAAAAGCAGUGCCGCAUUCCAGGAAUCUCCGACCAAUCUUUCACCAGUCUUCCGUGCAACUGCGCCACCCAUUACGUGCCUGUUUGUGGUAAGAACGGAAAUACAUAUCAUUCAGCCUGUGUUGCGAAGUGUCUUGGCCUUCAGGACAGUGAUAUCGAGUUUGGAGCUUGUACCUCAUGGAACCCAUGCAAAGAGGGGGCUUACACGUGUCCAAUGGGAUCAAAGUGUGUGGAAGAUCGGAAAAUCUGUCUCUCAGUAAUGCAUAGGCCUUGCUUACAAUAUCGUUGUGUAAAUUUGACCUCUGACUGCCUGAAUUCCGGUCGGCCAGUUUGUGACACUAGGCGCGUGACAUACCCCUCGGCCUGUCAUUUGUUGAGUGCGAAAAGCCAACUAGCUCACUUUGGAUCGUGUUUCGAGACGUGUUCAUGGAAGGGCCCCGUAUGUGGCAUCAAUGGCGCCACCUAUAGGAAUGAGUGUGAAGCAUGGGCGGACUAUAUCCUGGUAGACUAUAAGGGGCCAUGUAGAGAAGUAGGCAUUCUAGCCUCCGAUAUGGGUCGUCGUUGUAAAUUAUUCAAGUGUCCACCACCGCCAUCUCCUCAUUGUCGAAAUAUAAUUCCACCUGGAGCCUGCUGUCCCAUAUGUUCCGGUGCAUUCCGGGUAAUCUACUCCCGCAAGCAAGUCGAUCGGGCUCUGUAUGCCCUCAAGGGGAAAAACAUGGAACUUCUAACUCUGCGAAGUAUACUCAGAGCCUUAGAUGAGUUAAUCCAAAUAUCCGAGUGCCAAUUGACAGGCUUCCUCACAAUGGAAGUUGACAUUUUCGUAGCCAUAGUUCCACGAAAAGCUCAUCCCACUGAAAUUCAAAUUGAAGCCUGCUCCAGAGAGGCUCAGAAAAUCGCAACUCUCAUUCAAUCCCAGAGCCAUCGAGUCACAACGAAUUUGGCACUUAGUGCACUGACAGUUGCCAACAUGGUUCAGCCAACUGUGGAAAGUGCCGCCAUUGUGUGGAAUGUAUUGUCAAAGUAUAUUGUUAUUAUGUGGAUAAUAUUAAGUUUUAGACAGAAACCGUUUUUAGUUUAAAGUUUAGCGAAUAAGUCAAUUAAUUUAUGUUGUUUAUUUCUUUAGAGUAUGAUGAUCAUGUGAAUUCAAGGUGCCAAUACAUUUUUGUUGUAGUUUCAUUUUCUUUUGUUUAAAAUUUUAGUGUUGCGAAUAUAAAGAUUUGUUGUGUAUUUAUUGUAUAAUGCACAAAUAUUUUAAAAUAUACAUUAAAUUAUUGUGAUAUUAGAGUAAAUUUAAAUAUUGUAAAUAUGAAAGAUUAAACAAAGUGUAGAUAUAAAUUUCCUAAUGACCGGAAUAGGAAAUCAUAAAAAUAUUAUUUUUUUUCGUUACCAAAGUUUUGAUAUUAUUAUUUUUUUAGAAAAUUUGUAAUUUGUAAAAUAUUAAAAUAUAGAAACAUAUAAUACUCAAGU